UUAGAGCAGGAAUGACCUGUCGUUUAACGUAGCUCAAGAGAAAUGCGGAGUUUUGCUUUCAUUUUUAGGUCUUUUGGCAGGUAGUGUGCUCGGUCUUUGAUUGUUUACACCAGAACUUAUAUCUGUAGCGACUUCCGGUUUGUUGGUGGCCUUCAGACACUCCGCUCAUUCAUUUAUUGCCUGUUCGACAGCAUUUCCUCAUAGUGAACCAUGGCUGAUUCUGUGGCAUCAGAGGACCAGAGAUUCUGCUUACAGGAGGUUCUCGACACUUUCAAAAUGUGUCUGUCGGAAAAUAAAGAGGUGUACCUUCAACACUACGUCGCCGGGUGGCGUGGGCUUGUAAAGUUUCUGAACAGCUUAGGGAGUGUCUUUGGCUUCAUUUCUAAGGAUGCUGUCAACAAGAUCCAGAUCCUGGUUAACUACCUGAAUGGCGAGAACGGGUCUCAGUACGUCACCGUCCAGUCGAUGGUAAAAUAUGAGCUGGAGAAUCAACUCGUGGACCUGACCAAGAGAGGCAGCCACCCAGAGUCAGGCUGCCGUACCCUGCUGAGGCUCCAUCGUGCACUGAGGUGGCUGGAGCUUUUCCUGGAGCGCCUCCGCACCAGCACUGAGGACAGCAAGACAUCUGUCAUGUGUGCAGAGGCCUACAACGAGUCCCUCGCCCAGCACCACCCUUGGGUGGUCCGUAAGGCUGCAGGCAUGGCGUUCUGUGUGCUCCCUGGGCGUCCUGCUUUCUUUGAAGUGAUGAACGUAGGCCCCCAAGAGCAGGUCGUGGCCAUGCUGGGAGAAGCCCUGCCUCUCAUCUCUGAGGUGUACCAGAUCACAGAGGAACUUUACGCUCAACAUAACCUGCUUGACUUACCAUAGGCAGCAAGAAGGGCUUGCCUCUUUAUACAUUACAUCAUCGAAUGUCCAUGUGUCCCUGCUGAUGGGUUGUUGAGCGAGCUGCUGCUAUUGUUUGGUGAUUCAGAGGUUGUGUAUUAUCUGUACGGUGUUGGGCACAAAUAAUUAAUCAUAAUUUCACAGACACUUGUCUGCACUGACUCCAUUAUCAGUUUUUAAUAUGAAACUACUGUUAAUUAUAAUAUUGCAUGUUUCUCUUUACUCUGAUGUGUAAAUUAUCUUUUCAAUUCACUUUUUGCUUGUAUAUUAAUGUGUUUGUAAUUGAAAUAGAUGGAGGGAACGACAGUGGGACUCAGAAGUCUUUGCUCACUGCUAAAAGCUGUUUGUUUUCAUUAUUUAUCCCCAAAAAAUUUGGGGAGAAGUAUUUUCUUCCAAGCGGAAACAGCAGGUUUCUGCUUUCCUGGUUCUCAGAUGUAAGCUAUACAAUGUUUAUAGCUGUACAUUAGCUAUACAGUGUUUAUCGCUAAUGCACAGGGUUUAAUGGGUUACUCUUUUGAAGUGAAGGGUGUAUUGUUUAUGCUGUAUAUUAUAUAUAUCUUAUAUAUAUGAAUUCAAACAGCUCAUCUGUGUAACUUAAUAAAAAAUCCACUUGGUUGAUGGUUUUAAUUUGUUUGAUGUUAGAUUUAUUUGACAAUUGAUUACUGAUCUGCACAUUCUGUCCACUGGCCUUUUACUUGAGUAAAGUAAAUGAGGAGAUAAGUUCAUUUUGAUAUAGGUUUUUUCUUUUUACUGCACUUUAUAUGAAGUCAUGGAUCAAUAAAAACUUUUGGUAUAUACUGAU